AUGACGGUGAUGUGUCAAGUUGUCAAAACAGAAAAGUGCAUUUCGUUCCCGAAAUUCUCGUCGUUCUAAUCACUAAUCAGGAGAGGAAAGAAAUUUGUGUACACGUAAUGAUGCUCUAAAUUAAUCGGAAAAUUGCCAGACAAGUGGUUGAAUAAUAUAGGUAGGAUGACAAGUGCACGGGAACUGUUUAGUCUACCGGCCGGUCCGGCCGAUUUGUGCUUCGACAAGAACGAGUUCAUGAAGAAAACGUUUUCGGUGGAUGAGUUCCUGCACGAGAAUCGCAAAGCAGGGAGUUUGGAAAUCAUUCGGGAUGAUUUGGGAGUUUAUUUGAAAGUGCUGCGAUCGGCAAUGAUCGAGUUGAUCAACCAGGACUAUGCGGAUUUUGUGGAUCUUUCGGCGAAUUUGAUCGGUUUGGAUCGGAAGAUAAGUGGGAUUGAAACGCCCUUGGGGAAGCUGAAGGAUGAGAUUUUGGCUGUGAAGGAAGCACUGGAGGGAACGAUGCGAGACAUAUCGGACUGUUUGGAGCAGAAGAAAGCCCUUCGAGGGCACAAGAAGAGUUUGCAAAGCUUGGGGAAAGUGCAAGGAGCGCUGGUAAAGCUGGAAAGUUUGCUUAAGCCGGUGGAAGGGAAGGAAAAGGAUGUCAAUCCGACCUUGUUGGAGCGGGCGGCACUCGAGUCGAUCCAGUUGCAGUUUAACAUCAAAUUUUGUAGGGAAUUCUUGAAUGACGAGCAACAGAAGCAAUCGGAACAGAUGAAGGACAGUUUACUGGAUCAGCUGAAGACAUACUUCUUGAGGACAUUGGAGCAGAAGGAUGUGGAAGGGCUGGAAAGAUGCUUGAGGAUUUACUGCACCCUUGAUGAAUGCCGAACGGCGGAGGACGUGUUCAGAGGGGAAAUCGUUUCGCCCUACAUGAGCCGGGCGGUUUCGGAAAGCAGUCUGCAGAAUUCUCCUCAAGGCCUGACCGGCAUUUACAACCAAAUUCUAGAUUUUAUAUCGCUGCACAUGAAAAACUUGCUAACCCUGACCAAGAAGAACGGGAAGGUCAAAGGGUACAACUUCAUUGUGAACAGCUUUUGGACGGAAGUCGAGCGGCGGAUGGAAACGAACAUGUCGUCGAUAUUUGCCCCUGGAAAUCCGGAAGCAUUCUAUCAGAAAUAUAAGUGCACUCUAGAGUUCUUGGAACGGAUUGAGCAAAUUAUCGAGGAUUCGACGGAAAUUGCAGCUUUCAAAGCGCAUUCCCAGUAUAAAAGUUUCCAAGUUCGGUGGAACCUUCCGGUGUACUUUCAAAUCCGUUUCCAAGAGAUUGGAUCAAACUUGGAGAAGGCAUGUAGUCGUGAAUUAGAAGCCAGCAAAUUUGUCGAACAACAAAUUAGUGCAAGUCAGUUCAAUCUGGUGCAAUUCUCCAUUGCCCUAACGUGCAUUUCCAACUGCUGGCAAGAGGGAAUCUAUCUGCCACAGUUAUUCCAUAGAUUUUUCAAACUAACCUUGCAAUUGCUAUCCCGUACUACAAGCUGGGUCGACACGGCCAUCACCUAUAACUUCCCCGUUUCAGCAGAUUCGCAGAUGCCUUCCUUGAAGCUCAAAUUGCUGGCUACUCUCUUCGCAGACAUCAACAACCUCUCGAAAAAGAUUCCCCAAAUAAUAACCCUAGUCGUGGACAAAGCCCCCCAAAGCUUAGCCCUCACCCCACCUCAACUAGACGAAGUAUUUUUCGACAACCGAUCGACCCUUACCACAAAGCUGAACCGGCUGCAGACGUUGAUCGUUCAGGAGCUGGUCCAGGCGAGCAUUCCGCACAUCAAACAGGUCAGCGACAUCCCUCGGCUGUACCGGAAGACGAAUCGGGACGUGCCGAGCAAGUGCUGCCAAUACAUGGAACUGUUGGUGCAACCCAGUCGGGAAUUUCGCGUACGCUACCAGGCUAUGGUCGGUGACGAACGGCUGAAGGAAUUUCUCGCCAAUGUGUUCACCUGUUUGACGUUGAACUACUACCAAGCCGUGGAUGAGGUUCUGACCUCGGUCCAGAAAACGGAGGAAUCCCUACGACGGCUGAAAAACCUGCGGGAUCGUAAUGCAAACUCUGCAACAACGGCUCCAACGAUGACAACGUCCACAGACCGCACCACAAUGUCCGACGAUGACAAAAUUCGCCUCCAACUGCAAGUAGACGUCAUCCAUUACGUGCAGGAGAUCGAAAGCAUCGGCUUGGCCCGAGGGGAAAUAGAAAAACUGGACGAGCUGAUGCAGCUGGUCGAGGAAGCCACCAAAAUCAGGAUAGGAUCGCGAAUGUGAGACACGUCAGGGAGGUUCUUUUGUCCGUUCUAGAGAUGAUUUUGAUCGAUUUUCCAUCUUUGAUUCAUAUGUUGUGUAAUUUUAACGAUAAGUAGUAAAAUCCGAUCGCCAUCGAUUCACCAAUCGAGUUAACUUGAAACGUUCUAAUAUAUACACAAAACACAAUAUUUUAGGCAUUUCCGCGAAAGUUAUAAAUUAUUCGAAGUAAAAUUUGUCAAUCAAAUACGAAAAUAGCAUUACUAGAGACAAAAA